GCCUCUCCUCUCCAACCGCCAUGGCCGCCGCCGCGCCUCCCGCUUCCUCGUCUCCCCCUCCUACCGGCGCAGCCGACGGCGAAGGUGACGGCGACGCCCGCUGCUCCUCGCCGACGCCCGCGCCUCUCGCUUCCUCUUCUCCGCCUCCUCCCAGCGCAGCCGACGAGGACGGCGUCGGGUGCGCCGCCGCCCGGUGCUCCUCGCCCACGCCCAAGCCCCGCAGGAGGACCUCCCCCAACCGCAGCGGCGGGAGCGCCCGCAAGAGUCCAGGGUCAAGAGAUUCUGGAGGAGGUUCAGUUUUGAAAUCUGUGAAUAAGUCAACAGUGCAGUUCAAAAAAUCUAGGAAUCGUAGAAGUGGUUCACCUAUCAAUUGGACUCCUCGGAAGAAGACCGAGUCAUACAUGAAGAGGAAGAUAAAGCAUCUUCAGGAAACAGAUGGAAUGACUGCAUCCCUUCAUGAGACUCUAGGAAAUGCUAAUCCUCACUAUACAAGGAUGGCAAGGGAGAAGAUUGCAGCUAGAGAGGCUGCCAGAAAGGCGACAGAAGCUCGUAAAGCAGCUAUGGUUGAAGCUUCAUGGUGUAGAAUUCUUCGAGCAGCCAGGAUCCAAAAUAAAAAUGCUGAAGAAGAUAGGGAAAAGGCCAUGCUUCGAGCAACAGAAGCAUUCGAGGAAGCUAGAGCAAUGGGCGUGAUGAUGUAUGACAGACCAGAUUGUCCACAUCAGCAGUAUGAGGUGGAAUCGUCAUCACAUACUGGAGGACGAUCAACCCAUAAAGUUACUGCAUCCUUUCAGACUGCUUUUCAGGUUGAUAUGGAGGUCUCUGCUGCAGUUAAACAGGCAUUUGUUCGACUCGCAAACUCUCCAGAUUCAGCAAAGAGAGAAGAGUUUAAGGAGCUGCUAUGGAAAAUAAGCCAAAAUCCUGAUUUGACAGAGGCUGAUUUGAAUUCUGAUGACAAACAGCAGCUUGGUGACUGUAGCAAUGAAGGUACAAGUAGCUCGAAACUCAAUAAAGAAGACAUCACUGGCAGCAGUGCUCCUUCUGAUUUCAAUACCACAACUGUUCAAGAAUCCAUAGAUGUAGUUAGCAUUAUGCUUGAAAGGCUAAAAGCUCUUCAUGAAGAUGAGCUUGCUUCCCUGGCAGUCAUUGUAGCCACAUCUGGGCUUAACACUGCACUUCAAAGUGAAAGGGGCAAAUAUCAUGAAACAGAUCCUGUGAACAACGUUAGUGCUGGGUCACUCAGAUCACAAUCAAGGAGGUAUUCUACUGCAGCGAGCUUGGUUGAUGUCCAAGGGCCAAAGAAAGAAGUUGCUUCUGAGCUACCAAGUCUGGACAAGUUUUUGGUGAAGCAUCUUUCGAAACUCGAAAGAGAAGUUCAGGAAGCAAGAGAAGCAAGCAGAAAAGCCACUUCGAUAAAAUCUGUGGCACAUGAUGCCCCCAGCCAAUUUUCCAGCAGCAAUGCAAAGGCAGCAGAAUCUACUUCAGAUCUGGGCAGCAUUCUUGUGAAGCAUGUAUCUAAGCUUGAGAAGGAGGUCCUGGAAGCAAAGAAAAAUAAUCAAAGCAUUCAUUUGAAAGGAAGCUACAAAGAUGUCAAAGCCAGUGAUGUGCAGUCCGCAAACAAAGAACCGGAGUUCAACAGGACACAGUUAGAAGCUGAAGAUAAGAGUGAUUUAAAGGGAAGCUGUGAUUCCAAGAGAUCAGGUGAAGACAGCAAUCACAUCCAAGACUUCUCUGAUUAUGUGCAAGAAGAUAAAGAGAACAGAAGUUUAUAUUCACAUCAGCUACCGCCCUCUGGUGCAAUGGGCAGACAGGGUGGUAAAAGAUUAACUCGAAUCGAAGCUGCUAAGCUGGAAGCACUUAAAUCCUUCUGUACUGUAGAUGGCAACACAUUAGAUGUUGGCCUGGAUAAGGUCUUCAUUAAGCCAAUCCAUAGAUUGGAGAAGGAAAAGAGGGAAGCACGUGAAGGACAAACCAAUGUGCACAAACAUCCUGAGAAGCAUGGUCAAAGCACAACUGUGUCAGAGGGCUUAGAUGAUAUCUUAGUGAAGCAUGUAUCUAGGCUUGAAAGGGAAAAGAUUGAUUACAAAAAGAGGAAUCCAUUGGGUGAAGGAUGGACCAAUGUGCCACAUGAUCAGCGAAAGAAUGGUAACAAUGCGCAACCAUUUGAAAGUUUAGAUCAAGUCUUAGUGAAGCAUGUAAGUCGACUAGAAAGGGAAAAGAUGGAAUAUGAAAAGAGGAAUGUAUUGGGAGGAGGAACCAACAUGCAGAAUGAGAAGCAACGGCCCUGUAACAGUGACAUUGCUGUGGACAGUUUAGAUCAAGUCUUAGUCAAGAACAUCUCCAGGCUUGAAAAGGAGAAGAUUGAGCAUGAAAAGAAUGGGGGUAAGAUCUUGCUAAAGAAGAGUGAUGCACAAUGUACAGAUGGAGCAGCAGGAAGUUUGGCUGACAUCUUUGUCAAGCGUCCAACAAAACUUGAGCAGGCCAAGCUAGCAUCUGCUGCCGAAGAAACACCAGCCAGUGGCUUAAACCCUGUCUUAGAGCGUCGAAGAGCAAGAGAGAAGGAGCUUCUGGAUGCGUGGGGAGGAAUGGGCCUUGGGAACUCGAUGAAGCCUCAUGUGUCCAAGAUUGAGAGAGCUAAGGCUGCUUGGAGGAUAGCUGAGAAUGAACAGAAGCAGAUGGUUGCUGCAAGGGAGCUAUGAACAAUAGCUCGGAGGAAACUGCAAGCUCUGAACUCCUUUCUUCUGCUGAACACAACUUGACCUGCCGUAAAGCUUGACAUUGUCAACAGGUUACUAGAUGAUAUCCCCGAUAGAUUUGCUGGACUCUACUACUAUUUGCCCCCCGCUUGUUGCUCAAUGCAGUUGUCUAGCUGCAGUUACUACUCAGUACUCACUGAUGUGUUUAAUAAAAAUGCUGAUAGCAUAUAGUUGAUUCUUCUUGGUAUA